UGACUGCCAAGGAGUUCUCUUUUUAAGUCAGUUUUGAUAAAAAGUAGAUCUUGUUCCUGCAUUGUUCAGAUUCUUUGAGGCGUCAGAGAGUCAGGUAGCCUAUCGUGUUUUUGGUCGCCGUCUUCCGUUUAAUUAAACGACUUGUUUGAUGAGAAGUAUUGGUAGAAUUUCUGGGCAUAGCCAAGCAACAGGUGGCACGACCGUAAUCUACGAGAACGUUUGAAAAGAAAUUGACACAUUUUACGUUUUCCUUUUGAGGAGCAGAGAUCCUGCGCUGUCUGCUCAACCCGUGUCCUGAAGUGGCCCAGAAGUGCUUGCUUCAAGAGGGGGCUUCGCUUUUGUGCGUCUCUCUGCAAGAAUGGGUUUGCGUACGAAAGGGUAUUUGCAUGCCUCCACUGCACUGCUGGUCGUAAUAUUCGUCAUCAACUCAGCAUAUACAAAGUCGAGCACUACCUGGGAAGUACAGCGCUACGAUGGAUGGUACAACAAUUUAGCACACCAAAGUCGAGGGGCAGCAGGCUCGCCAUUGAUCCGACUCCUGCCAGCCAAAUACUCUGAUGGUGUCUAUCAACCAAUCCAAGAGCCAAGGCUGCCGAAGCCACGAGAUAUCAGCAACAUCGCCAUGAGGGGACCCUCUGGCCUGCCCUCUACCAGGAACCAGACUGUCCUGUCGGUUUUUUUUGGUUACCAUGUUGUGUUCGAGAUUGUGGACUCCAGACUGCCUUCCUGUCCGUCAGAAUUUAUGCAUAUUUCGGUGCCACAAGGUGAUCCCAUCUUUGAUCCCAACAACACUGGGAAUACCAUUCUGCCGUUCCAGCGUGGGAGGUGGGCCCAAGACUCCAGCCAGAGUCCCAAUAAUCCCCGAACUCAGGUAAACGACGUGACCGCUUGGAUAGACGGAAGCUCCAUCUAUGGCUCGUCCAGCUCCUGGUGUGACGCUCUGAGGAGCUUCUCUGGAGGCCUCCUGGCCUCGGGGUCAGGGGGGGCCUUCCCAAGGCGCACCGCAAGGCCCUACUUCAUGUGGAACAACGUUGACCCUUCCACCGGUCGCCACGGUCGGGAUGGGCUCUACGAAUUUGGGAAUGCCAGGGGCAAUGAGAACGUGUUCACAAUGGCAGAAGGGAUUAUAUGGUUUAGGUACCAUAAUUAUCUGGCCCGCAAGCUGCAGGAUCAAAACCCGAUGUGGUCAGAUGAAGAACUGUUUCAGACUGCCAGGAAAAGGGUUGUUGCCACAUUUCAGAACAUUGCAUUUUAUGAAUGGCUGCCAUUGUAUCUUGGAAAUCAGACUCCACCUCAAUAUCCAGGCUACCAGAAGCAUGUGGAUCCUGGUAUUUCCCCUGAAUUUCAGGCAGCUGCUGUGCGAUUUGGGUCUACUAUGGUGCCCCCUGGUGUUUACAUGAGAAACAGGACCUGUCAUUACCGGGACAUCAUCAACUUUGACCAAAGCACUUCCCCUGCCAUGCGGGUGUGUAACAGCUUCUGGAACAGAGAGAACCAAAACCUGCAGACAGGCCAUGAUGUUGAUGACCUCAUAAUGGGCAUGGCAUCACAGAUCGCAGAGAGAGAAGACAAUGUCAUUGUGGAGGAUUUGAGAGAUUACAUGUAUGGUUCUUUGGCGUUCUCUCGCACCGACCUGGUGUCCCUGACCAUCCAAAGGGGGAGGGACAGUGGUCUGUCCAGCUACAACCAGGCCAGGGCAGCCUUUGACCUCCCGCCAGUGAGCCGGUGGGAGGAUAUCAACCCCCAGCUCAACAGAAGCAGCCCUCAGCUGUUCAAAGACCUGGCCGAGCUCUAUGGCGAUGACAUCUCCAAGCUGGAGCUUUUCCCCGGGGGCCUUCUGGAGUCCUGGGGGGCCCCGGGGCCCCUGUUCUCUGCCAUCAUCCUGGACCAGUUGAGAAGAAUCAGGGACGGAGACCGCUACUGGUUCGAGAACAUGAAAAAUGGUCUGUUCACAGCCGGGGAGGUGGAGGACAUCCGCAACACCACCUUUCAGGACGUGCUCCUGGCGGUCACUGGUGCACAGAGCGGGGACAUCCAGGACAAUGUGUUCCUCUGGGCGGAUGGUGACCCCUGUCCUCAGCCUGAGCAGGUAACUAGCGUGAUGCUCCAUCCCUGCACCAAUGCCACUUCCCUGGACUAUUUUGAAGGCAGCCAGGUGGGAUUUGGUGUCACGCUUGCAGCUCUGUUCCUGUUCCCAGCAGUGAGUUUUCUCCUGGCCUAUGUGGUGGCCUUUUGUCGCAAGUCCAAGUUCAACAGGCACCAGAGGACGCCCAGUACGACGGCUAGCGCGGGGGAGCCACCAGCGUGUGAGUGGCUGGGCCCUAAGCAGCCGGAGCAGCCGGUGGGGCUGGAGGUUGACCUGCAGAACGGGAGGUUAAGGGUCACGGACAGUAACGGCUCCACGCUGCGCUCCCUCAGCCUGCCCAGCCAGGGGCACCUGGACGCCCUCCUGUCCAGCGACCGACAGCGCCGUGCUCUGCUGCUUAAGAUCCCCAAAGAGUACGACUUGGUGUUGUUUUUCAAGGACGAAAGCAAACGUUCAGAUUUCCUGAGGCAGCUGGGGUCGGAGCAGCCGGGAGCGGCCGGGGUGGUGCGGGUGAGGGAGGCCAGGGAGCAGGAUCUGCUGAAGGAGGCCGUGACCAGGGAGCAGAGGGCCCAGAUCGUGGAUACCUUCUUCAGACACACUUUCUCACAGGUCCUGGAGAUCGAUAAGCGAGACGCCGGGGAUCUGAGUGCUGUGCCCUCCAGGAUCACCAGGGAGGUGCUCCAGUGCGAGCUGAGCAGGACGGAGCUGGCCGACGCCCUCGGCCUCAAGCCCGACUCCCUCUUCGUGGAGUCCAUGUUCGCCCUGGCUGACAAAGACUGCAACGGCUACCUUUCCUGCCAGGAGCUUCUGGACAUCGUUGUCAUUUUCAUGAAAGGCUCCCCAGAAGAGAAGUCAAAGCUGAUGUUUACCAUGCAUGAUAUCGAUGCCAAUGGGUUCCUGUCAAAAGAUGAAUUCUCAAGGUUACUGAGGUCCUUCAUUGAGACCUCAAACAGCUGCCUCUCCAAGAGCCAGGCGGAGCAGGCCAUCGAGGCCAUGCUGACGGCGGCCGGGUUCGACGACAAAGAGCAGAUCACCUGGGAGGACUUCCACUUCCUGCUGCGCGACCACGAGAAGGAGCUGCGCUUCGCUCAGCUCAACAUCAAAGGGAUAGAGAUGCAGGGUAACAACUUCCUGCAGAGAAACCAACAGAUAUCCUUCAUGAUCAAAGAACAUAACGAUUCCCAGACUGUAGGAGAGGCCCUGCGUAAAAGAAUGGGGAAAAGGGAGAGGUCCCCCAGCGCUCGAGUGUUCGUGCGGCCCGUGAGGGAGCGGCACAGGAGCACGUUUCAGCAGAGGGUGCAGCAGUUCAAGCGUGUCAUGGAGAACUACCGCCGCCACAUCGUGUGCCUGGGCGUGAUCUACGGCAUCACCGCCGGCGUGGCCCUGGAGAGAUGCUACUACUAUGGCGUGCAGGCUGAUAACACGGGCUUCCCAGAGGCCACGGCGGUGGGCAUCGUGGUCUCUCGUGGCACCGCGGCCGCCAUCUCCUUCCUGUUCCCCUACAUGCUGCUCACCGUCUGCCGAAACCUCAUCACCCUCUGCCGCGAGACCUUCCUCAACCACUACAUCCCCUUCGACGCCGCCAUCGACCUCCACCGCUGGAUGGCCAUGACGGCCGUCAUCCUGGCAGUCAUUCACAGUUUGGGUCAUGUGGUCAACGUCUACAUCUUCUCCGUAAGCAACCUCAGCAUCCUGGCCUGCCUAUUCCCCAAAGUCUUUUCAAACGACGGUUUUGAACUUCCAAAGAAGUGGUCUUGGUGGUUCUUUAACACAGUUCCAGGCAUGAGCGGUAUCCUGCUGCUGCUCGUCUUGUCCCUCAUGUACGUCUUCGCCUCGCGGUAUUUUCGACGCAUCAGCUUCCGUGGAUUCUGGGUCACACACUACCUCUACGUUGUCCUCUACAUUCUGACGGUUAUCCAUGGCAGUUAUGCCCUGAUCCAGGAACCAAGGUUCUUCAUAUAUCUCAUUCCCCCAGCUAUUCUCUUUCUGGUGGACAAGCUCAUCAGCCUCAACAGGAAGAAGGUGGAAAUCCCUGUGAUGAAAGCUGAACUUCUGCCCUCUGGUGUGACGUGUUUGGAGUUCAAGAGACCUCAGGGUUUCAUAUACCGUUCGGGACAGUGGGUGCGCCUGGCGUGCCUGGCACUGGGCACAGACGAGUACCACCCCUUCACGCUCACCUCCGCACCGCACGAGGAGAACCUGAGCCUGCACAUUCGUGCAGUGGGGCCAUGGACCAGCAAGCUGAGGGAGUCCUACACACCUGGGAGUCUGGAGCAGCUGGGGGUGUACCCUAGAGUGUACUUGGAUGGGCCCUUCGGGGAGGGGCACCAGGAAUGGACAAAUUUUGAGGUGUCCGUCUUAGUGGGUGGUGGAAUUGGAGUUACUCCGUUCGCCUCUAUCCUGAAAGACCUGGUGUUCAAGUCUUCCAUAAAAUUCAAGAUCCAGUGCAAAAAAGUCUACUUCAUUUGGGUGACUCGGACCCAGAAGCAGUUCGAAUGGGUGUCUGACAUCAUCAGGGAGGUGGAGGAGAAGGAUGUCCAGAAUCUGGUCGCCGUUCACAUUUACAUCACUCAGCUGGCUGAGAAAUUUGACCUACGGACCACCAUGCUGUACGUCUGUGAGCGUCAUUUCCAGAAGGUGUGGAACCGGAGCCUGUUCACUGGUCUGCGGUCCAUCACCCAUUUUGGACGCCCUCCGUUCCUCUCCUUCUUCAGCUCGCUGCAGGGAGUGCAUCCGGAGGUGAGUAAAAUUGGGGUGUUCAGCUGUGGCCCCCCAGGCCUGACCAAGAACGUGGAGAAAGCUUGUCAAAAGAUGAACAAGAGGGACCAGGCCCAUUUCAUCCACCACUACGAGAACUUCUAGUUCAUGUUUAGUUGUAUGCAGCCAGCUCUGUACAAUGAAGGGAUUUCAGCCAUGUAACCAUACAAUUUUCUAGACUUCUUCACACUUUUAAAAAAUAUCUAUGUUGCUUGCAGUGAUGAUUAAUUUUGACAAUGCUGUAUUACAAAUAUACUUUUAAUAUUUCUGCCACUUUGAGAACUUAAACAACUGGCUUCCUUGCAUUCUGUAACUCCAAUAGAACUGUCGAACAGAAAAUAAUGUUUUUACAUUUUUGUUUUCAAUCAUUUUUAAUGUUUUUAUUCACCCACCAUACAUAUCAACAUAACUAACCUCAAAUUGAAUGUUCAACAAUUACAGUCCCCUCCAAAACAAUUCCUUUGCUUUAGCUAUACACUGAAGACAAAUGAGUUUGAGGUCAAAAGAUGUACAUGAGAUGACAGAUCAGAAUUUCAGCAUUUCUUCCUGGUAUUCUUAUCUAGAUUUGUUAAACAAUAUAAAAUAUUGUAACAAGUAAAAGUAUUGUAAACAAUAUAAAAUAAGUAAAAAAAUAUUGGAACAUGUGACUGACAGGUGUUUCUUGUUGCCCAGAUGUAUUUUUUGAUUGAUUGAUUGAUUGAUUGGUUAAACAAUAAAUAGUUCUGAAUGUCUA